GCAGCACAGAAAGAAGAGAGCUGUGUUGUUAGUAGUUAUCUUACUUCUCUCUGUCUUAUCUCACUGUUACUUUUGUUCGUGUGUGUGUUGACCAGUUUUAUAACUGAUAUAAUUCCAGCUUACCCGCCAACUUAAACCAAACUUCGAUAAACUCAAGAUAAGAUAAGAGGACGCUAUAUGAAGUGUCUGUUACUUGGAGAUAAGGGAUGCGGGAAGAACAGUCUAGCUCUUACUUUUCUGCUGGGAAGAUGCCCUGAUAUAAUACCUUCCAACUCCUUCAACAGUUACACUAAGUGUUUUGACGGAGUCAUAGUGGAGGUACAGGUAUCAUGUAGAAUAAACCCAAACAACGCUGCUCAGUGCUCUCAGAACUUCAGCGAGCUGGAUGCAAUUCUCCUAUGCUUCGCCGUGAACGAUCCUUGCACAUUCGACAGUGUGCAACAGUACUGGUUCCACGUGGUGCGCGAGCACGCCGCGCACGCACAGUUCUUCUUGGUGGGGUUAAAGAGCGACACACUGCCCUACGUGGAAUUGUCUCCUAGCACCAUACUGAGGACUCCUAGUGUGCUGCUGAGGACUCCUACAAUGACUUCUAUAAAGAAUGCUAUCAAUGGGACAUUGGCUCGAACCCCAGUUGCUCCACCCACUGAUCUCAACCCGACCCCUGAGGCUGAUAACAGAUCUUGCAACGAGCUCAGCAUCCACGGAGACACCUCCACACGCCCUGACACCUCCGCCCGCCCCGGAACAUCAGUACGCGCGGACACGCCGUAUCCACGUGGAGAUAACGUUAUCACCCACGAGCUGGGACACAAUCUGGCUCAGCAGCUGGGCUGUGUGGAGUAUAUUGAGUGUACUGUUAAAGAGGAGUAUGAUGGUCCUUAUCAUGUUGAGAGUUUAUUCACCAAGGUCGUUAAUAAGACACGUAAAGCGGACUAUGAUAAGAUUAACAAGGUUGAGAGUCAAAUUUGUGUGAUUUUGUAAUUUAUCAUUUGAUCUUAGUUGAAAAGGGAAAAAAUUAGUUGGUAGCUUGAUUUUGACUGAGUUCUUACAAAAUUAUUCGCACUGAAUGUGUUCAGUAUUGUUAUUUUGAAAUGAUGUGGAAAAGGCGUUUACUGUUAAAUCUAAAUCAAUAGUUUUGUAAAAUAUCUGACAAUUGACAAGUUUCGGUCAUGC